CUAAUACAUAAAAUGUGGAUAUCAAACAUGCACGUCACUUCCUUUUUUCCGUCACGUGUUUUUAUAAAUUUUCUCACAUACUCACACUCUCUAUAAGACCUCCAAUCAUUUGUGAAACCAUACUAUAUAUACCCUCUUCCUUGACCAAUUUACUUAUACCUUUUACAAUUUGUUUAUAUAUUUUACGUAUCUAUCUUUGUUCCAUGGAGGGUUCGUCCAAAGGGCUGCGAAAAGGUGCUUGGACUACUGAAGAAGAUAGUCUCUUGAGACAGUGCAUUAAUAAGUAUGGAGAAGGCAAAUGGCACCAAGUUCCUGUAAGAGCUGGGCUAAACCGGUGCAGGAAAAGUUGUAGAUUAAGAUGGUUGAACUAUUUGAAGCCAAGUAUCAAGAGAGGAAAACUUAGCUCUGAUGAAGUCGAUCUUCUUCUUCGCCUUCAUAGGCUUCUAGGGAAUAGGUGGUCUUUAAUUGCUGGAAGAUUACCUGGUCGGACCGCAAAUGACGUCAAGAAUUACUGGAACACUCAUCUGAGUAAGAAACAUGAACCGUGUUGUAAGAUAAAGAUGAAAAAGAGAGACAUUACGCCCAUUCCUACAACACCGGCACUAAAAAACAAUGUUUAUAAGCCUCGACCUCGAUCCUUCACAGUUAACAACGACUGCAACCAUCUCAAUGCCCCACCAAAAGUUGACGUUAAUCCUCCAUGCCUUGGACUUAACAUCAAUAAUGUUUGUGACAAUAGUAUCAUAUACAACAAAGAUAAGAAGAAAGACCAACUAGUGAAUAAUUUGAUUGAUGGAGAUAAUAUGUGGUUAGAGAAAUUCCUAGAGGAAAGCCAAGAGGUAGAUAUUUUGGUUCCUGAAGCGACGACAACAGAAAAGGGGGACACCUUGGCUUUUGACGUUGAUCAACUUUGGAGUCUUUUCGAUGGAGAGACUGUGAAAUUUGAUUAGUGUUUCGAACAUUUGUUUGCGUUUGUGUAUAGGUUUGCUUUCACCUUUUAAUUUGUGUGUUUUGAUAAAUAAGCUAAUAGUUUUUAGCAUUUUAAUGAAAUAUUUCAAGUUUCCGUGUUUACAUUUUGAAGAAAAUAAAAUAUUAAUAUAUUCUGAAGA